AAAAAGGAGAUACAGAACUUGGAAGUUUCAGCGAUUCCAAAUCCCCAAUCUCUGCCGCGUUGCGCUGACGGCUAGUUGCAACUCCGCCGUGGGCGGCGAGCCCUCUUCUCUAGUUUGAAAUUAAAAAAUUAUAAGAGAAGUUGCUGCUCUUGAACCUAGAGAUAUUGCUUUAGCUUUAGAUUGUGUCAGCUUUUCUGAGUAGUGCUUGAUCAGCACGAAAGAAGGAUGAAUCAGAACCCGCAAUCAAGUGAGGGAAGACCUGACGAUGAUACUGCUCUCUCUGAUUUCCUUGCUUCCUUAAUGGAUUACACUCCCACUAUACCCGAUGAAUUGGUGGAACAUUACCUGGCCAAGAGCGGUUUUCAGUGUCCAGACGUUCGAUUGACUAGAUUGGUAGCUGUUGCCACUCAGAAGUUUGUUGCUGAAGUUGCAGUAGACGCUCUUCAGCACUGCAAAGCAAGACAAGCAACAAUUCCAAAAGACAAAAGGGACAAGCAGCAGAAGGAUAAACGUUUAGUUUUGACAAUGGAAGACCUAUCAAAAGCAUUGCGUGAGUAUGGCGUGAAUUUAAGGCAUCAAGAAUAUUUUGCCGAUAGCCCUUCUACUGGAACGGAUCCUGCCACUCGAGAAGAAUGAGUCUUAUCUUGAUUAUUUGUUUUAAGGCUUUUAGAGUUUCAUGUGUAGUAAGUAUUGCUGUAUACCAAUGCUGAAUUGUAUAUUCUAUUUAUUCAUCUUUUGCUAGUUCUCUAGUUUUACGUUCUGUAUGCUGAAAUCAUUGCGCGAUAUGCCUAUUUUAUGUAGUUGGAUACACAUUA